UCAGGAAUUGUAAAUGUGUAGUUUACAAUAUUUUAACUCAUGACGCAUCCAUAAGCCGAAUAAGAGAUACAACUUGAUGGAUUUGCGCUAUAAUGUAGUUAAAAUGGAAACCCCAUACACACAAGAGGUGCGACAACACGAGCAUCACCACGAAGUGUCGCCACCAUCAGAAACCGCAAGCUCCCGAUCCUCGGAGGAAGCUUCCAGCUCUGGCAUGGCCAUGUAUUUUCAUAUCAGCAACGUGGAGACGAUUCUUUUCAAGUUCUGGCACACAAACUCCGUCUUAGCCAUUGUGGGCUCCUGCGUGGCCGUAUUUAUUGUGGCCAUACUGUACGAGCUGCUCAAGUUCUACCGCGAAUGGCUGAAAAGGAGCGAAGGUCGCCGGCUGUCGGGAGGAGCUCAUCGUCGUCGAUCCUCUCGCAAACGACAUCGUCGCUCCAAAUCGGUGAGCAUUGGCUCUGUGGAUGAAACGACUAUGGCGGGCACACCUGCCAGCUAUGGAAUCACUGAGCGUUAUCCGUGGUUGGCGCCGAUGCAUUGGUAUCAGACCUUUCUCCAUAUGCUCCAGGUGACAAUAUCGUUUAUGCUAAUGCUCGUAUUCAUGACGUUCAACGUGUGGCUCUGUCUGUCUGUUGUUCUCGGUGCUGGACUUGGCUAUUUUAUAUUCUUUGUGAACGAUGAGGGCUUUUCGGAGCAUUGCAACUAAGGCUUUCUUUUCAUUCCGUUGUCCGUUGUCGUCUCGCAGCUAAACACUCUUCUUAUAUGAGUUUGUUAAUGUAUUUUUCUAAUUAAACCAAGCUGUUAAAAUUAUAACAAAA